AUGGCCGCCGCAUUAGCAGCGCCUACAGGCCUCCUCAAGCUCCCUCCUUCUUACGCGCCGCCUUCUUCCCCCUCUCCCCCUCUCUCCAGCACCUCCUACGGGCGGCGCUCGCGGAGACGGCCUCGCCUUUGGCGCCGCGGAGCCCCGCUGCUCGCGGUGGCGGCCGGGGAGGUGUCGUACACUGAGCCGGAGGAGGCGCUGCUGGAGGCCCUCGUCGGCGUACAGGGCCGUGGCCGUGCAGUCGCGCCGCGCCAGCUCCAGGAGGUGGAAAGCGCAGUGCAGACUCUGGAGGCGCUGGAAGGUGUGCCCGAUCCGACCUCUUCAAGUUUAAUUGAAGGUAGUUGGAAGCUCAUAUUCACUACAAGACCAGGGACGGCAUCCCCCAUUCAGAGGACAUUCGUUGGAGUUGACUCUUUCAGCGUCUUUCAGGAAGUUUACCUUAGAACAGAUGAUCCAAGGGUGGUCAACGUUGUCAAGUUUUCAGAAACAGUUGGUGAACUGGCAGUACAGGCAGAAGCGACUAUAAACGAUGGGAAGCGCAUUCUCUUCCGUUUUGACCGAGCAGCAUUCGCUUUCAAGUUCUUGCCAUUUAAGGUUCCAUAUCCGGUGCCAUUCAGGCUUCUUGGGGAUGAAGCAAAGGGUUGGCUUGACACUACAUACUUAUCUCGUAGUGGGAACAUACGCAUUUCAAGGGGAAACAAGGUAGUGCAGGGAACCACAUUUGUUCUCCAGAAAAGUGCAGACCCAAGGCAAAUGUUGUUGUCAGCUAUAUCUGCAGGAACCGGAGUAAAAGAGGCUAUAGAUGAUCUUACUUCAAGCAGAAAAGGGGUUGUGGUUGAUAUGAAUACCCUAGCGGGAGAAUGGCAACUGUUAUGGGCUUCAGAGAGUGAGAGUGGAGGUGGAAGCUGGUCAUCUGUUGCAUCUGCCGGUCUCAAGGAUUUCCAGACCAUAAAGGAAGAUGGGCAACUGAAGAAUUUGGUGAACCCCUUUCCAGGUGUCAGCCUCAGUGCAAGAGGCAACAUAUGCAAAACUGGGAACAACAAUACCUUCAGCGUGUCCAUGAAUGAAGGCGUUACUCAAGUUGGUGGCGUACAGUUUCCUUUAGAAACCGGAGGAGAAUUUGUCAUGGAGAUCUUGUACAUUGACAAUAAGAUAAGAAUAUCUAGCCUCAACCAGCACAAGCUUGUUCAUUUACGCAUUGUAAAUAAAACAUAA